GUUGAAGUUAUUAUCAUAAAGUUUUUCCAAUUGAGAGGUAAUAAGGAACAGAACAACAUGAAAUUCUGUGGAGUUGCAACUUUUAUUUCAUUAUCCGUUUUGGCCACUUUAUGCUGCACUGGUAAUGCCACGAACAGCACAUGGGGAUACAUCGGACCAUAUGAUAUUGUAUUACAACGUCAAAAUGUUAUAAAGAAGUCCAGUUGGAUGAGUGUAGUUAGUGCAGAUGUUAUUUAUCCACCAAAGAAUCACGUUAGCCAAUAUAUCAUAAGUGGUAUUCGAGCAAUCGAUCAUGAUCGUGUAAAUGGUGGAUAUGGUGCUUUGGUCAAGGGUGGACCUGGCUUUCGCAAUGCAACCAUUAAUCUAAAAUCUCAACGUAGUGGUGGUUUGAAUUUUACUGUUGAGUUCUUCGGAAGGCGUUAACUUGCACUAAUAAAUUAUAUAUUUGAAACUCGAAAUAAAUUAUUUUUAUU